UCUGACAGUGAGAAGAGCACAGUUUCUGGUGCCAAACAAACAAAAACAAAUACAUUCACACACACAAAACACAUACACUCGUUUACGCUCAAGCAAAAAAAAAUUUGUUGCUUCAAAAGGAUUUCCACAGCGCAAAGGAUACAACUACUCCGCUCAGCUCAAUAUAAAAACGUGUUGCAGUCACUCGCAUCGUAUCAUUUCUCAGCGACAACUCGUCACAGUCACAACUCAACAACUCACUAAAGGAAAUAAAAAAUAUAAUUAUUUGGUCAAAAAACCAAACGUGAAACUUGUGACAAACCAGCAACAAACCAAAUACCUCAACUAAAACGCAUAACUAGCAAAAAAAAACAUAAAUAAAUUUAAAUGAAUAUAAAUUAAUUGCAACUACCUCAUUUUGUAAAUCGUGAACUUUUGUAAACUGUGCAAAAACUACCUCAAAGUACAAAGAACAAAAAACAUCAACAAAAACCAAAAGUGCGCGAAAUUGUUUACGAAUAUCGCAGCUCAAAUGAAAAUUUGUGUUCAGAACUGAAAAAAAAAAAACCAUAAAAACUCUACUGAAAAUAUUACAAAGUUAAGUGAAGUUUAAAUUGCUGCAGUGAAGCAAGGACAUUAACACAGUUAUGGCUAUAUCAAUGCUGCAGGACGCGCAAACACGAAGCCUGGCAGCCGCUUUAGCUGGCAUCAAACGCGAGGAAAUCGUUGUCGAUCGCUCCAUGUCCCUGUCACCGCCCAUGUCCGCCAACACCUCAGCGAGCAGCCCGGUGGCGGCAACAAACUCCCACAACCACUCCCACUCCCUAUACCCGGCCAUGGGCCUGCAACAGGCUGCCGCAGCAUCCGCCUUUGGCAUGCUGUCGCCCACACAGCUGCUGGCUGCCAAUCGGCAGGCGGCCGCCUUCAUGGCCCAGCUGCCGAUGAGCACACUUGCCACCACACUCUUCCCCCACAAUCCAGCGGCGCUCUUCGGCGCUUGGGCCGCACAGCACCAACAGCAGCAGCAACAACAGCAGCAGACUCCGCUCCCGGUGCCCGGCACACAUCUGCACUCCCCGCCAGCCAGCCCACACUCGCCAGUGCCCAGCAGCGGCAAGCAUCCGUUGAGCUCGCCCAACAGCACGCCUCAGCAUCAUCAUCAUCACAUGGGACUCGGUGAGCCAGCAAAGAAGACGCGCAAGUUGUCCGUGAAGAAGGAAUUCCAAACGGAGAUUAGCAUGAGUGUCAGCGACUUGUAUCACACACCCGGCGGUCCCAUCUCGCCACCCUCCAGCGGCAGCUCGCCCAACUCGUCGGCACAUGAGGCCAGCACAGCCAACAACAGCACCGCAGCGCCCACAGCAGCCAAGGAUCCAUCCCGCGACAAGAGCUUCACGUGCAAGAUCUGCUCGCGCAGCUUUGGCUACAAGCAUGUCCUGCAGAACCACGAGCGCACCCACACCGGCGAGAAGCCCUUCGAGUGCCCCGAGUGCCACAAGCGCUUCACCCGGGAUCAUCACCUGAAGACACACAUGCGUCUGCACACCGGCGAGAAGCCCUAUCACUGCUCCCACUGCGAUCGCCAGUUCGUCCAGGUCGCCAACCUGCGCCGCCAUCUGCGUGUCCACACCGGCGAGCGUCCCUACACCUGUGAGAUCUGCGACGGCAAGUUCAGCGACUCCAAUCAGCUGAAGUCCCACAUGCUGGUGCACAAUGGCGAGAAGCCCUUCGAGUGCGAUCGCUGCCACAUGAAGUUCCGUCGGCGCCAUCAUCUGAUGAAUCACAAGUGCGGCAUUCAAUCCCCGCCCACGCCAGCUCUCUCGCCAGCCAUGAGUGGUGAUUACCCCAUGGCUGCCGCUGCUGUUGCAGCUGCCUCUGCGGCCCUCGAGUCCUCCACACACAAGUUUGCGGCCAUGUGCGCCAGCUAUGGCGGCUCCGAGGAGUCUGUGGACCUGGCCAAGAGCAGCAUGGAUGAGGAUGCCCCACUCGACUUGUCCGAGGAUGGCGCCAGCUCGGUGGAUGGCCACUGCAGCAGCAGCAAUGCUCGCCGCAAGGCGCAGGACAUUCGUCGUGUCUUCCGCCUUCCGCCACCACAGAUCAUGCAUGUGGCCAGCGAUAUGCCCGAGCAGACGGAGCCCGAGGAUCUGAGCAUGCACUCGCCACGUUCCGCUGAAUCGCAUGACCAGCAGGAUGACAUCGAUCUCGAUGAACUCGACGAUGCCGCUGCUCUCUAUUUGCGCCAGCAGCAGCAGCAGCUCCAUUAAAACCAGCUCCAGCACCUCCAAAGAAAUUGUAAAUACAUAUAGUACUAUAUAUAUAGCUAUAUGAAGGGCCAGUGCUCAUCAGAUGAAAAGCUGGCGGGUAAAAACGUUUUCGGAACAGGAAUUUAUGCUAAGUACAAGCAAAAACCAAUUAAUAACACACACAUAACAUAAAUACGAUAAACAACAAAAAUUAUUAGUCAUUAGCAAAAUGAAUUGCACAUAAAUCAAAAAAUUCCUUUAACAAAAAAUUGUACAAAACACGCAACUAAACUAAGACAAAUUUACUAUAAGAAUUUCCCCUCCUCUCCCCCUUUACAACCCAGCUAAUAUUGUGCCAUUUUAAUGUUGUAGUUUAUAGUUUAAUUAGUUUAUAUCUUUCAGUUGUUGUUCUGAGAUUGUAAAUAGCCAGCGAAGCCAAUUGUAAAUUAUACAGCGCUCCCCAAAAACUUAAACCUAAAAACAAAACAAAAACAAAAACAAACAAAAAAAAACUAAUGUAAAACCAAUCAAAAGCAAAAAAAUAUUAUUUCUAGUUUUA